CUAAAAGAGGAAGUUAUAUUGUUUGGAAAAAAAUGUAAUCACCAACUAUGAAGAUAUUUAAAUUUGAGUUUUUUGUAAACUUAUCAGGAUGUUUCAUACACCAUAUUACUAUCACAAUAUAUCUAUGAGACUUUCUGAGGUCCUGGACGAUAUUGGAGUUGAUGAAUAUAUUGUGAUGAAGAGGAGAAGGGCAAAUUUACUGAAUGAAACCAUGCAGACGAUUCAUUUCAGAGGAAGUUUCACACAUAGUCAAAAAACUGUUUAUCAGUUAGGCAGUCAAUCAGAAGGCACCACAACAAUGGGACUGCAAUCAGAUACUGACAUACUUAUCUGUCUAGAUGAUAAUAUUGUGAUACAGGACUGGUCUGAAUGGACUCCAAGUAAAAAGGCCUUCCUGAUGAUCCAGAAUGAAACAACUCCACCUGGUUAUUGUCUUCUACAGGUACUUAGACCUGACACUCCACUUCCUGUUACACAUGAAACAGGCAAUGUCUUUGUCAAGGAUACAAGUGGAUGGAUAUUGUGCAAGAAUACAAUAGUUGAUGUUGCAAUGCCAGAAGAACAUCAACGACAAGGACCAUCAGCAGCAUUAGCAGCAAAACCAGGUUUUUUUGCUAUGGACUUAGUUCUAGCAUUUCCUUGUCAAUCAUGGCCCCAAUCAUCAAGAGUAUGGCUGGACCAGCAAGAUACAAACACAUGGCCAACAGCAGAAAUGAAAAGAUAUGUAAAAUCUACAAAGUGUUUUGUUGUUGGUGUUGGCAGCAGAGCAAGUGAAAAUGCAGACUUUGAAUGGAGACUUUCGACCUCAUUAGCUGAACGCUCCCUGAUGUUCAAUUUAAAUAUUACUCAGAUAAGAUGUUAUAUCUUAAUGAAAAUGAUUCUUAAAACAUACAUUAAUGCUGACAAUGAAAGUUCCAUUUCAAGUUAUAUGUGUAAAACUGUUUUGUUUCACUGUAUAGCAAGUAAACCUUCAAAUAUAUGGAAGAAGUGUAAUAUAUUUAACUGUUUAAAUUUCUGUCUAUUCGCACUGAACAACUGUAUAUUGAAUGAACACUGUCCCCAUUUCAUUGUUCAUGAAAACAAUAUAAUGCAAGGAAAAUUUUCUGCUGAAGUCAAACAUCAGUUACUUGGAAGACUGUCAAAUCUAAUACCAUGUGAUGGAAUUUCACUUUUUGGAAUUCAGAUUGAUGACCUUGGUGAAAGACUUCAGAUUAAGCUUAAUAUGAUAAAUGAAGUACAUCAGGAUAUGCUACAGCCAGAGGAAUAUACUAUGGCCAUAACAACUGGUUUAUUACGAGACACAGCUAAAUGGAUUUCAAAUAUACAUCAGACAAAAGAUGAAAGUUUAGAAACACUAUUCCAGAAAGUGCUAUGUUUUACAAGGUACUACAGAGAUGGUAACAUGUUAGAAAAGACAGCGUGCAGACUUCUAGCACCUAAAUAUUGUACCUCAACAGGAUCUCUGAUAGCCUCACAGAACAUUAAAUUAACAGAACAGUUUCUCCUCAAGCACUUGCCUGGCUUAAUGCAGGACAGGACUCAGAUGUUGCUUCAAGCAGACUAAAACUUGCAUCUAUACUGUACUGUGUAGGCAAUACAGAAAUAGCUGCUUUGAUUCUUUCUCAUAUAGAACAACAAUAUAAAAUAGAAGUUACUGAGCCUGUAUGUUGCUGCAACAACUUCAAUCCACCUUACAUUAAGAGAAGAUUUGGUCGACUUUCUAGUCAAUAUGGUGCAGAGGCUUUAAAAUAUAUUGUUGCAUUUUGUGUAAAAUUUUUCACUUGGGAAAUAAACUGUGUACCACAUGAACUACAGUAUGAAAUGUUUAGAUCAACACAAGAGGACCUUCAACAUAGAGGUAGCGGUGAUGACUGGAUGGACUGUGCUGUGGUGGAUUCACUUCCAUACCUUUAUUUUCUACAAUACAAGACCUAUAGCA